AUGGACCAGCGCCGCUCUACCAUGCGGUCGCGCCGCGAGGAGAUCCAAAUGACCGCCUACAAUAGCCACCUUGAGAUCGGGGUGGGCUAUGGUGAGACCAAGCGGGACAUGGACUACAGCGAUCUGCUUUCGCGCUUUCAUCAACACCCUGAGCCCGUUUCCUCGAACAAGGCUUCGGCCGAAGACAAGCAACGUGCUCAGAGCAUUAUGGAACGCUCCACUACGCAUGGCCUGCUCAGCUUUGAUGCCAACAACCGCAACAAGGAACUCGCUCCUUAUGUGCGCGUCUCCCUCAAAGAUGACGCCCAGGACGUGCUCAAAUUCGUACAAGCCAACCUGUACCGUCACUUUGGGAACCGCAAUUAUCCCGCGCCGAGCUUGAUUCUGUCCGUUACCGGAGGGGCCCAAUCCUUUGAUCUGCCACCGCGCUUGCGAGAUGCCAUCAAGCGGGGUCUGACCAAGGCUGUCGCCUCUACCGAUGCUUGGGUGGUCACGGGUGGCACUCACUCUGGUGUCAUGCAACUGACGGGAUCCAUCAUGUCGGACCUCCUGCGUGAUCGUUUUGUGCCGGUGGUUGGUGUCAUCACUUGGGGCAUUCUGAAAGAUCGCAAGGAAAUGGAGCAGCCCCAGUAUCGCGCCAAGCCAUAUGUGGUCCAGGACCAGAUGUUCAAGUGCCCGGAUCACAACCACAACAUGUUUGUCUUUGUGGACUCGGGCAUCGACGACUUUGGUGGAGAAAUUGAAGUGCGCGCCCAAUUUGAGCAGGCCGCUCGCGUCGAGUACAACGCGCCCACCAUCACCAUUGUCAUCCAAGGUGGCCCUGGCACCAUGAAAACGGCCAUGGAGAGUGUGCGCGCCGGCAACCCCAUUGUAGUGGUUGACGGGUCAGGUCUGGCAGCCGACGUGUUGGCAUACGCCUAUCAAUUCCUGCACUCGGGCAACAGUCGCCACCGCAGCCAUACUGUGCAGGAGCUCAAAGCCAUCAUUGCUACGCAGUUUGCCCAUCUGCCUGGCGACAAGCAAGUGGACUUGAUGCACCAAGCCUUUGAAUGUGUGCGACAGCCCGACCUGGUCUACGUUUUCAAUGCACAGGACUCGAACAGCGAUGCCAUUGAUGAGACCAUUUUGAAUGCCAUCUUUUACGGCUCGCGUGACGUCGAUUUGACCAAAAAGCUUGAGCAAGCCAUGAACUUUGAUCGACUGGACAUUGCUAGCCGCGUGCUACGUCAGGGUGGUGCCAAAGUGAAUUCCACCAUGUUGAACCACAAUUUUAUCAUGGCCAUGAAGAAGAACAAGCCCGACUUUGUUGGUCUGUACCUGGAGCACGGUGCCUCCUUGGCGACGGUCAAGGUUGAGCACGCCAACGACGUCAACAACCCAAGCGCAUCGUCUAUUGAAAACCCAGCCAAUUUUGGCAAGGGUUCGCGUGGCACGCCCAGCUCGGAAAUGGAAUCGGCUGAUGCUGUGCCUUGUACACACGCUGUUGAAGAGCUCUAUCGGAGUCAUGCCAGUCGCGAUGACAGCCACGUAAGCGUGCUUGUCAAGCUGCUUCGUAAAAAGGUCAACCUUUCGGACACGAAACGCAAGUACCGCGUCCUCAACAUGGAAAAGGUUUUGGGUGCCUUGGUCGACCGCAAUUUCGAUAUCAAGCGAGAUUUUCAGGCCUGGGAUACCAAGUCCAAGGCCGAGCAAGAGGUUGUGGCCAGCCACAUGUUCUUGAUGUAUGCCAUUUGUGUCAACAAGUAUCGCAUGGCCGAAAUGUUCUGGCAGCGCACCGAUCAGUCCAUUUCCAAUGCGCUGAUUGCCUCCAAGAUCCUACGUACGCUCGGCGAGCACAAGGCCUUGUCGGGUAGCCACAUGGCCGACGAACGCGCCAAGAUGCUUCACAACUCGGAAAAGUUUGAGCAGCUGGCCGUUGGCGUUCUGAGUGAGUGCUAUAGCACCGAUACCACCAAGACGGCCCAGAUGCUCUCCGAGCCCAUCGCCAUGUUUCGAGGCAAAAAUGCCGUGCGGGUCGCCUACGAUUCCAACUGCUUGCGCUUCCUCUCUCACCCGGCCGUCCAGGCGGUUGUCAACCGCGAUUGGUAUGGCUCCCUCAAGGGCAUUUCCUCUUGGUAUUUUGCUCUUGUGGCCAUCUUUUUACCCUUUUUGAUUCCCUUUGUCAAGUUUGCCGAUGAUGACGCUGCCGUGCAGGAGCAAGAGCGCACUGACAUCCAGCUGUACAUCAAGAGCGUCGAGGAAGGCGGCCCCGCAGGUGCCAGAGCUAACGUACCAUGGUGGCGUCGUGCCAUCAGCAAGAUUUCUCGCUUUUACAACGCCCCAUAUCCCCGCUUUGUCAUUGAUUGUGUCAUGCAUUUGGCACUGUGCUGUGUUUUUUCCAUCAUGACCAUGGACCGCUUUGAGGAUGAGCUCAGCGUGUUCGAAAUUAUCGUUGCCAUUUGGUUUCUGUCGCUCAUUGUCGAAGAGCUGCGACAAUCAAACUUUUUGCUGGAGGCCAAAGAAUAUUGGGAAGACGUGUGGAAUCGCCUCGAUGUUUUUCUGCUUACGCUCUAUGUCAUCGGUUUUAUUCUUCGCGUGCAUGCCAAAACCGUAUACAGUUUUGUUGCUGUAUGUCUUUGGCUACGUCUGAUGCGCUACUACGCCGUUUCACCAAAUCUUGGACCCAAACUUAUCAUGAUGGGUCGCAUGAUUCGCGAUGUGUUGGUAUUUGUCUUCCUUGUCAUCGUCUUCUAUUUUGGUUUUGGCGUCAUGUCCCAGGCGUUGCUGUACCCAGAUCGCCGGCUGGACGAUGAAACAUUCGAGAACGUCAUAUUCCGACCUUACUUUCAAAUUUACGGCGAACUAUUUUUGGAGGAUAUCAGCGUUGAAGCAAACUGCGUGGGCGAUGGCCUGUUCCGCUCAUGUGGUGGCACGUCGGCCUGGAUGGUGCUCCCUCUUUUGGCCCUGUACAUUCUCGUCACCAACAUUCUCCUCGUCAACCUGCUGAUUGCUAUGUUUUCGGACACUUAUGCUCGUGUGCAGAGCGAGGCGGUCGCUCUGUGGCAUAAGCAAAACUACAAUCUAUAUCUCGAGUACAAAGAGCGACCGCUCUUGCCAGCGCCGCUGAUCCUGAUUCAGCAUGUGUACAUGCUGAUCACGUUCAUCCUCCAACUGUGCAAGUGCGGCGGCAAACAGGAGGACCAUACCCAUGAGGCCGACCUUGAUGAUCUGCGCAUCUUCCAGGAAACAAACACAGACAAGUUUCUGGACGAAUUGCACAAGGAAAAAACUGGAACGCUUGAGAAUCGCGUCAGCAAGCAGCUGGCCCUGAUCCGUGAUCUGCACAACCGCAAUGAGAUGCUUCAGGAGCAGCUGACGCACUCUCAGUUGGCAGCCGAUCGCAAUUUCCACACACUGCGCACGGACAUUGCCGUCUUGAGUGCCCUCCAACAGGAGAGCAUUUCCGAGGCCGACAGCAUGCAUCGCUUGGACAGCAACUCGAUGGCCCUGGUGGCCUCGCGGCAAAAGAACGAAGCGAGCCGUUGGUUUCCGGACCCUGUCUAUCCCGGCAGCAAGAUGCAGCGAUUUGCGGUGGCCCCGGAGCAGGUGGACUGGAGCAUGAGCCUGCCUGGCUACAACCCCAUCGAGUACACGCACCCCAGUGUGGCCAAGGGCCCAGAGUGGGCUGACCCUGCGGAUCCUCGCGCCAUCAACUUCAACGCCGUGGCAAACGGCGUGGACCGACGCUCGUGCUACCAAACCAAAUUUUGGGUUGAUACCGAGACUGGUCGUCCACGCAAUCCCCAUGGCCGUACGGGCAUGACAGGUCGCGGUCUGCUGGGCAAGUGGGGCGUCAACUGGGCAGCUGAUCCCGUAGUGACGCGUUGGCGUCGGGCCGCCAACGGCACCUUGCUGGAACGCGACGGCCGCAAGGUCCUGGAGUUUAUUGCCAUUGAGCGGAGCGACAACGGGGGCUGGGCCAUUCCAGGCGGUUUCCGCGAUCGUGGUGAAAAGAUGGACACGGCUGUCGCGCGCGAGUUGAUCGAAGAGACCAUGGAUGGCUUUGACGAGAUGUCGCCACAGGACCAGCAACCCAUCAAGGAGCUGCUGACGCAAGGCCAAAUGGUGGCGACGAUUUACAGUCACGACAAUCGCAACACGGACAAUGCCUGGAUUGAGACAGUGUGCGUCAACUUUCACGACGACGAGAACCGCUACACCAGCAAAAUUCAGCUUCGGGCUGGCUCAGAUGCCCGCAACUGCCAGUGGAUGAUGGUGCACUCGGGCAUCAAGGUUUUUGCCUCCCACCAUCGCCUGCUCAAGCUCGUGGCGCAGAAGCACAAUGCUUACUUCUAA